AUGGCUUCGCGAUCAUUGGCCCAAUUGGGCCGUAAGGCUACUGCCCGACUCCUCCAGUCCAACGUGCAAAGACUUGCUCCAGCUGUUGCUGUCCGUAGCAGCUCCACUGUUACCGACAAGAAGGGAGUCCACACUUCUGUUGUUGCUGAAGCCGCUCAGGCUGAUAAGAAGGUCUCCGCCAAGGCCACCGCAAGUGGAUCCAAGGGACGUGUUGUUGCCGUUAUUGGAGCCGUCGUUGACGUCCAAUUCGAUGAAAACCUUCCAGCUAUUCUUAACGGUCUCGAAGUCACCGGAAGAAAUCCCAAGCUCGUUCUUGAGGUCUCUCAACAUCUUGGAGACAAUGUUGUCCGCUGUAUUGCUAUGGACGGUACUGAGGGUCUUGUCCGUGGACAAGAAGUCGUAGACUCUGGAGAUCCAAUCAGAAUUCCAGUAGGACCAGAAACUCUUGGACGUAUCAUGAACGUUAUUGGAGAGCCAAUCGACGAGAGAGGCCCAAUCGCUUCCAAGGCUUUCGCUCCUAUCCACGCUGAAGCCCCAGAAUUCGUUGACAUGUCCGUCGAGCAAGAAAUUCUUGUUACCGGAAUCAAGGUCGUAGAUCUCUUGGCUCCAUACGCUAAGGGAGGAAAGAUUGGUCUCUUCGGUGGUGCCGGAGUAGGAAAGACUGUAUUGAUUAUGGAGUUGAUCAACAACGUCGCCAAGGCUCACGGAGGUUACUCUGUAUUCGCUGGAGUCGGAGAACGUACUCGUGAAGGUAACGAUCUCUACCACGAAAUGAUUGAAGGAGGUGUCAUCGAUCUCAAGGGAAACAACUCUAAGGUAUCUCUCGUAUACGGACAGAUGAACGAGCCCCCAGGUGCCCGUGCUCGUGUGUGUCUUACUGGACUCACUGUUGCCGAAUAUUUCCGUGAUCAAGAAGGACAGGAUGUACUUCUCUUCAUUGACAACAUUUUCCGUUUCACUCAAGCCGGAUCUGAAGUAUCUGCUCUUCUCGGACGUAUCCCAUCCGCUGUAGGAUACCAACCAACCCUCGCCACUGAUAUGGGUGGUAUGCAAGAACGUAUUACAACCACCAAGAAGGGAUCCAUUACAUCCGUACAAGCCAUCUACGUACCUGCUGACGAUUUGACUGAUCCUGCCCCAGCCACCACUUUCGCUCACUUGGACGCCACCACUGUAUUGUCUCGUGGUAUCGCCGAAUUGGCUAUCUACCCUGCUGUCGAUCCUCUUGAUUCCACCUCCCGUAUUAUGGACCCCAACAUCGUCGGAGAUGAGCACUACGGAAUCGCUCGUGGAGUUCAAAAGAUUCUUCAAGACUACAAAUCUCUCCAAGAUAUUAUCGCUAUUCUUGGUAUGGAUGAAUUGUCUGAAGACGACAAGCUCACCGUAUCUCGCGCUCGUAAGAUCCAGCGUUUCCUCUCUCAACCUUUCCAAGUCGCUGAAGUUUUCACUGGACAUCAAGGAAAAUUCGUUUCUCUUGCUGAGACCAUCCGUGGAUUCAACAUGAUCCUCAAGGGAGAACUCGACCAUAUCCCAGAGUUUGCUUUCUACAUGCAAGGAGGUAUCGAUGAUGUGUUCAAGAAGGCUGAAGAGCUCGCUAAGCAACACGGAAACUAG